CCUGCUCACAUCUCCCUGCUAUCUUGGCUUGAUCUGCUCCCUAAUUUCUCAUACUGUCAGCUGGGAUGCAUUAUGACACAUCCAGCCAUGAAGGUAACUCUUGAAAUCUGGGAGCAUCAUAAUGUGUGUGAUGCACCUAAUGUUCCGCUGAGGGAUUACUGGGCUGUUGGGAGCAUCAUGUCGUUUUUCUUCACAAAUAAAUGUUUAUGCCUGGAGAAGUAAAGCAUGUGGCCUCUCACGUGACUGAACAGAAAUAUGGAUUUCUUUCCAGCAGUCUGCCAUAGCCCUUAUGACAUCACAAGGGGCAGGGUUGGGUGGUACAAUGCUGUUCUUCAGCCAUCCUUUCACCUCCAGUACUCUGAGGACACGCUCGCAUUCGUUGUCCUCAGCACCCCUUCAAUGUUUGACAAGGCCUUUAAACCCUUCGUGAACAAACAGCUGCUGAAAAAAAUGAAUGACCCAGUGGAUCAAUGUGUUUCUUAUCACCUGUCCCUUGUGAAGGAGAAUCUUUCUGAUCAGAGGAUGGAUGUUAUCUAUGAUUAUGAGAUCCUGCCAAACAGGAAGCCCAAGUUUCUGGCACAAACAGCUGCCCAUGUGGCCGGAGCAGCAUACUACUACCAGAGGAAGGAUGUGAAGUGUGAUCCCUGGGGAGAAAAGAAGAUCUAUGGUGUUUGUAUUCAUCCCCAAUACGGAGGCUGGUUUGCAAUCCGAGGUCUUCUCAUAUUCCCAGAUGUUCAGGUGCCAUUCCUGGAGCAAGUUGCCCCUGUUGAUUGUGUGGCCUCAGAGGAGAAGCGAAUAGAGCUGCUGGAGAAAUUCAAUUUCCACUGGCGGGACUGGAGCUACAGGGACAUCAUUGAAGUGAAGGAACGAUACUCAGAAGAGCAGAGAGCCUACUUUGGAGCUCCUCCAGCGGAAAGAUUCAAAUUGCUAGAACUGCAAGGAGUUGUCCAGAAAAGUGCAUUUUACUGAGUAAUGUGGUUCUGAGUAUGGAGCAAGGAAUGAACAGAGGGCAGCUCACAGAUGCCCUCAUCCUUCAUAGCGGUGAUGAAGGGGUAUGUGAUGGUUCAGUGAUGGCAGAUUCCAUAUGCUCCAUCUCAAUCCAUAAGCCUACCUCAUAGAUCAAGAUGCUGGGGUUUGUAGUCUGGCAACGUAUUUAUAGAGAAAGAUGGUUACAGUCUGCUCCAUGUUAUAGCUGAUUAGGGAUAUAUCCCUCUGGCUCCUUGUAUGUUACCAUUUCUCCUUGAAGCUGGGAAAUCCAGUCUGCUUUUUAGAAACACUAAUUAUUUGUGUUCUAGUCAGACACUUUUAAAAAAAAAGGUUAUUAUUCUAUUUAAUAACAAGGAUUUACUGAAUUGUCUACAACCAACAUGUGAAAUCACUUGCCUUUUUGAGCUGGGGGGAGGACAGACUUUUUCAAACACUUUUUAUUCUGAGAUGCAGUCUCUCAGAGGAUUGAAUGUUUUAAAAGACACUUAUUUUCAAAUCUAGUCUCUUUCACUCAAACUAGGAAAAGUAGCUGGUUUAACUUGAUUGAAAACCCCUCUUACUGCCACUCCCCCCAUCACAAACAGACCAAAACACUAAACACUGAUGUAGACCGUUCUACACGCUUAGUCUGAUGUUCGGAUCGUGUUUCAGCUGUAACUUGACACGGUCAAAUGAUGCUAAAGCAAUUGUGCUGUGUCUGUGCAGAAUGGGCUUUUCAAUCAAGAUCAAGUUAAGCUAAAGUUCAAGCUUUUCAGGUUUUUGCUACUGCCACAUUGUGUGAGAGGGGAAAAAGCUGAGAUGGAAAAGUGAAUGAGAAGGUAAAUCUGCAAAGCUGAUCAUAGGUGAAGUGCUGAUAAAAGUAGAGUAAACCUGCUGAAAAGGAGAGAUUUUGAUUUUCUCUGAUCUUUCUCUUACAGUGAUCAGAGGUGUUAGAUCAGCAGUUCCCAACCACCAGGCCGCUGUUGGGCUGUGGACCUCUGGCUGCUGGACCAUGGAGGCUCUGGGGGCUGGGGUACACUGCUCUCCCUCUAGCUGUUAGGAAAGGCAUGAUCUGCCCUGCCUCUCAGUCAACCGGCACCAGGCAGGAGCAGGGUCUCCUUCCAGCCAUGGAAGAGCGCUUCGCUACACGGUGAGAGGGCCAUACAGAGCUGCUCCGCACACCCCUCCUGCCCU